AUGGAGGAGGAGCUGUACGACGAGUUUGGCAAUUAUAUCGGGCCAGAUCUCGACAGCGACGAGGAGGAGGAUGGCCCGCUGAUCGAGGAGGGGGACGAGGAGGAGGAGGAGAUUGAGGAGGAGGCCGAUGAGCCGCAGCGCGGCGGCGACAUCGAGAUGGCCGAUGCGGGCGACGCCGGUGACGACUCGCGCAUCGUGCUGCACGAGGACAAGAAGUACUACCCGACGGCGCUCGAGGUGUACGGCGAGGGCGUCGAGACGACGGUGCAGGACGAGGACACGCAGCCGAUCACGCAGCCGAUCGUCGCGCCGGUCAAGCACAAGGACUUCGACAUCGUCGAGAAGUCCGUGCCCGAGACGCGCUACUCGCCGGACUUCCUCUGCUCGCUGAUGAAGCACCCAGAGCUGGUGCGCAACGUCGCCGUGCUUGGCCACCUCCACCACGGAAAGACCAGCCUGCUCGACAGCCUCGUCGGCUGCACGCACCUGCUCGGAACGGCGCGGCGCGGGCACCAAGGCAAGGCGGGCAAGCGCGAGGUCGGAGGGGUGAUGGCGGAGCGGCGCUACACCGACUCGCGCGUCGACGAGCAGAAGCGCGGCCUCUCGAUCAAGGCCGCGCCGAUGACGCUGCUGUUGCAGUCGUCGAGCGAGAAGCACUACCUCUUCAACCUGAUUGACACGCCCGGCCACGUCAACUUCCAGGACGAGGUGACCGCCGCCCUGCGGCUCGCCGACGGCGCGCUGCUCGUCGUCGACGUCGUCGAGGGCGUCACCUCAAACACAGAGCGGCUCAUCCGGCACGCGCUCGCCGAGCGGCUGCAGCUGGUCCUCGUCGUCAACAAGAUGGACCGACUCAUCCUCGAGCUCAAGCUGCCGCCGCAGGACGCGUACUUCAAGGUGCGCCAGGUCAUCGAGGAGGCAAACGCAACCAUCGCCGCCGCGUCCGCGGGCGAGCACCCGCGCCUCUCGCCCGAGGACGGCGGCGUCGUCUUCUGCUCGUCGCAGCUCAACUGGUGCUUCACGCUCUCCUCAUUCGCCUCGCUGUACGCCGAGUACUAUCCCGACCUCAAGCCCGCCCCCUUUGCGCGCCGGCUGUGGGGAGACGUCUACUUCCAGCCAGACACGCGCGGCUUCCGGCGCAAGCCGCCCGAGGGGGGCGGGCCGCGCACGUUCGUCCAGUUCGUCCUCGAGCCGCUGUACAAGCUCGUGACGCAGGCGAUCUCCGAGUCGGAGCAGGACCUCAAGGCGACGCUCGGCGACCUCGGCAUGCCGCUGCGCAAGGAGGAGUAUGCGCUCGACCCAAAGCCCCUCCUCAAGCUCGUGAUGAGCCGCUUCCUCGGCGGCUCCUACGCCGGGCUCGCCGACGCGUGCGUUGCGCACCUGCCGUCGCCGGUGGCGGCGGCGGCGGCAAAGGUGGAGCACUCCUACUCUGGCGCGCUGAGCGACGACUUUGUGGGCAGCAUGACGGCGUGCGACGCGUCGGGCCUGCUGAUGGUCAACGUGACCAAGAUGUACCACCGGCCCGACUGCGAGUCCUUCGACGCGUUCGGCCGCGUGCUCUCGGGCACGCUCAAGGUUGGGCAGGAGGUGAAUGUGCUCGGCGAGUCGUACUCGCUCGACGACCAAGAGGACUCUGCGCGCCGGACCGUCUCGCGCUUGUGGCUCUACCAGUCGCGCUACCGGCUCGAGGUGAACGAGGUGCCCGCCGGCUGCUGGGCGCUCAUCGAGGGCGUCGACGCGUCGCUCGUCAAGUCGGGCACCAUCACCGCCGGCGCGCGCGGCCGCGCGCCGGGCGUGGCGCGCGAGGGCGUGUGCAUCUUCCGCCCGCUCGCCUUCAACACGCUCUCGACGAUGAAGAUCGCGGCGGAGCCGCUCAACCCGUCCGAGCUGCCGAAGAUGCUCGAGGGGCUGCGCAAGCUCAACAAGGCGUACCCGCUGCUCACGACCAAGGUGGAGGAGUCGGGCGAGCACGUCAUUAUGGGGACGGGCGAGCUGUACCUCGACUGCGUGAUGCACGACCUGCGGCACGUCUACGCCGAGAUCGAGGUCAAGGUCUCCGACCCCGUGGUCGCCUUUUGCGAGACGGUCGUCGAGACGUCGUCGCUCAAGUGCUUUGCCGAGACGCCGAACGGCAAGUCGAAGCUGACGAUGAUAGCGGAGCCGCUCGACAAGGGGAUCGCCGAGGACAUCGAGGCGGGCGCCGUCGACAUCCGGUGGGAGCGGAAGCGGCUGGGCGAGUUCUUCCAGAAGCGGUACGACUGGGACCUGCUCGCGGCGCGCUCGGUGUGGGGCUUCGGCCCCGACGACAAGGGCGCCAACGUGCUCGUGGACGACACGCUCCCGUCCGAGGUGGACAAGAAGCUGCUGAACGGUAUCCGCGACUUCAUCCUGCAGGGCUUCUCGUGGUCGUGCCGCGAGGGCCCGCUCUGCGACGAGCCGAUGCGCAACGUCAAGUUCAAGAUCCUCGACGCCUCGGUGGCGGCCGAGCCGAUCAACCGCGGCGGCGGGCAGGUGAUCCCGACCGCGCGCCGCGUCGCCUACUCGGCCUUCCUGAUGGCGACGCCGCGGCUGAUGGAGCCCAUCUUCUUCGUCGACAUCAGCGCGCCCGUCGACUGCGUGCCCGCGAUCUACACCGUGCUCGCGCGCCGGCGCGGGCACGUCACGUCCGAGGGGCCGCGCCCCGGCACGCCCCUCCACACGAUCAAGGCCUACCUUCCCGUCAUCGACUCGUUCGGCUUCGAGACGGACAUGCGCUCGCACACGCAGGGGCAGGCCUUCUGCCUCUCCGUCUUUGACCACUGGGCCAUCGUGCCGGGCGACCCGCUCGACAAGAACGUCGCCCUCCGCCCGCUCGAGCCGCAGCCGACGCCGCACCUCGCGCGCGAGUUCAUGGUCAAGACGCGCCGCCGGAAGGGGCUGAGCGAGGACGUGUCCAUCAACAAGUUCUUCGACGACCCGAUGCUGCUCGAGCUGGCAAAGCAGGACGCGGAGGCGGACUACUUUUGAGCGGGCGGUCCAGCGGGGCGGUGGGCCGCAGACGGCCCGGCCAACGGCCAACGCACAUGCCUCAACGCAGCUCAGAGGCGUUCCCGCUGAUUACGGUACUCGCGUCGUGUAGCGCAACCUCGAGAGAGUCAUCCCAUGACGAGACAUAUGUAUAAUGUACGUGUGUGUAUGAAACACCGUAAUGCGU